AUGCGAACGAGGAGCGCGCGACGCGAGCGCGGGGGCGACGUCGCGCCGGGUUUCCCGCGCUGCGACGACCGUCAGAAUGGUCCCGCGUCCUCGGCGCGAUCCCGCGGGAUAUCGGCGCCGUCUCGCCUCCUGCGGCUCGCGUUGCUCGUGGGAAUUCUCGUCGCGGGCGCGGCGGCCCCUCACGACCCCUCCGUCGACGCCGCCGCGCACGUCGGCGGCGACGUGUACGCGCUGGACCUCCUCCCGAGCCGAGGGCCGGCGCUCGGCGGCACGCGCGUCACCUUCCACGGCCGCGGUUUCACCACCGACAUGGCGUGCCAGUUCGGCCCGCACACGAUCCUCCCGACGAGCGUCUCCCCCGAGGGCGACGCGCUCGUAUGCGUGACGCCGCCGUUUGGGCGCCCCGCCGGCGGAUUCAUCGCCGUCGGGAUCACCAUCACGACCGCCAAGGCGUGGCCGGCCGAGAGGGGGGGUGCCGAGGGGGGUGCCGAGGGGAAAGGGCGGCCGGCGGCAACCCCGAGGGGCGCCAGGUCGUUCGAGUACGCCGUGGCGUGGGUCCUUCGAUCCGUCGCGCCGUCGCGAGUGGAUUCCGCGGGCGGCGGCGUGGUGUGGGCCACCGGGUCGCACCUCCACGCGGCGGGCUCGUGCCGAUUCGAAUCACCCGCGUCUUUUGGCGGCGGUUCGCCUUCCUCGUCGUUCGCGGCGGCUCGAGUCGUGUCCUCCGCGUUGAUUGCGUGCGAGGCGCCGGCGAUGGGGAUCGGCGUCGGCGCCCUCGCGGUCGUGUCGGAGAACCCGUCGGCGGCGCAGGAGGUGCUUCGACACGGGCACGAUCCGGGCGACGCCGGCGUGCCCGGGCUCGCGCUGGUCACCCGUCGCCCGCCCAAAGUCCACCGAGUCGUCGCGCGCGGAUUUUCAUCCGGGUUUUCAAACUACUUGGCGGGUACAUCGCUGACGAUGUACGGCUCCGGGUUCGACGCGAACGGGGGUUCCAAUAGGGAAGACGCGUCGCCCGGGAACGACGCGGGCGGGGACGGUUCCUCCGGGGGUGGCGACGACUGGCCCGGGAACGGGGCGGGGGGCGCGGUGGGAACGGUGUGGGUGGCGGCGACGUAUUCGUCCCCCGGCCGCGUCGAUUGCGUGGCUCCGGACCUCGCUCCGGGCGCGACAAAAUCUCUCCGGGUGGCGUACCGCGACGCGCGCGACCCGGCGGGCGUCGGCGUCGAGUGGCUGGCGAUCGAGCGCCCGGGCGGCGGCGAGUUUGGCGCGGCCCGGGAGUUUGGGGCUUAUGGGUCGGCGGCGAGUGGGGCGUUUUUCGUCGCCGUUCCGUCGACGGCGGCGACGCGGGGGGGCGGCGCGGCGGUGGACUUUUUCGGCGCGCCGCCGGACGACGCCUUCGGGGUUUGCGGCGACGACGACGUUCACGCGGGAUCAUACGGCGGCUCGGGUUCGGGUUCGGGUUCGGGUCUAGGUAAGGGUUCGGGUGCGGGGUUUAGGUUCGGGUGCGUCGCCGGCGCGAGGCCCGGCGGCGGGUUUGUCGCCGUCUCCGCGCGCGGGUCCUCCGCGUUCCCUUCCGGCUCAUCCGCCGGCGCUCCCUUCGUCGCACUCGCGUUCGCGUACGUCCGCGCGCCGUCGCUCCGCGCCGUCGCGCCGCGCGAGGGUCCAUCCGCCGGCGGCUACGUCGCGUGGAUCGUCGGCGACAAUCUCAAAACCUUUGGCGAUGAGACGGGUUCGGCGGUGAGAUGCCUCUUCGCGUGGGCGGGAGCGGAUGCCGUCGCGCGCCAUUCGCCGCCCGCGAGCGCCGUAUCCUCGACGCUGGCGGCGUGCGAGGCACCGCCCGCUCCGACGGCGUCUGGACGAGACGUUCGCGCGUUCGCCGUGGACGUCGGCUCGCACGCGCUGGGGUGGUCCGAGAUCGGGUCGGCGCUCAUCGCGUGGCCCGUCUCGCUCCGAGUCGGCAGCGUGACCCCAUCCGUCGUCUUAUCCGCCGGGGGCGUGUUCGUGAGGCUCUCCGGCCGAUCGUUCCCAGCCUCCGCGGAGGCGGCGUGGUGCCGCGUGGGCUCCGUCGGACCCGUCGCCGCUCGAGUCGAAUCGUCGGACGCGAUCGGGUGCGUGACCCCCGCGACGCGACCGACGGCGGCCGUGCCGGUGACCGGUCCGAGCGCCGCGGUGGGGGUGGUAUCCGUCGACGUCGUCGUCGGCGGGUGGGGCGAGCGCGGGGUGGGCUUGCCGAGCGCGUUCCCGGCGAGGACGGGAUCGGGAUCGGGGUCGGGAUCGGGGUCGGGGUCGGGGUCGGGAUCGGCGGUGGCGUCGGCGGACACGACCGCGGGGUCGAUGGACGCCGCGACCGACGUUCGGACACCCAUCGCGCGGAUGUACCCGCUGGGCGCGGCGCCCGAUCCCGGUUCGUUAGCCGCGUGGCUCGCCGACGGCGCCGCUCGAUGCGUCUUUUCGAACGUCGUCGGCGGCGGCUUCGCGGCGGCGUCCGCGGCCGGUCUUCACGCGGUCGACUGCCCCGUCCCGCUCGCGCCUCCGGGGUUCGUCUCCGCGCGCGUCGUCGUCGGGUCGCACGGGUCGUCCGUGGAGGCCGUCGGGUCCGUCGAGAUUGAGUUCAGGCCGUCGCCCGUCGUCUCGGGGCUGCGAGGCGGGGUUGGAGAUUUCGGCGGCGGCGGCUCGACGGCUUCCGCGGGGGAAAACGCCGUCUUCGACGUCGACGGCGCGGGGUUCUUCCCGGGUUUGACGUGCGUCUGGUGCGGCGUCGCCGGCGCGGAGGCGAACGUGCUCUCGUCCGUCGCGGCGCGGUGCGAGCAGCCGGGGUUGGAGACGUUGACGUUGACGGCGGCGGGGGCGACGGAGGGAGUCGCGUGCGCGCUCGGGCUGGUGUCGGGCGGCGCCGACGACGGUCUGUUGGGCGCCGCCGCCGUCGCCGACGGACCGACUGCGCUGGUCAUGCCGUUUCCCGCGGAGAUGACGGCGGUGACGCCGAGCGCCGGACCGGCGUCGGGCGGAUCCGUCGCGAUCGCGCGGCUGGCGGGUUUUUCGUUUACGCGGAGACGCGCGGAAACGCACGGAAACGGGGGAUUUUCCUGCCGAUUCGGGACGAUCGGCCCCGUCGCGGGAGCUCCCGCGGGUGGAGGCGCCGGCGGCGUGCGUUGCGAGACCCCCGCGCAUGUGCCGGGCGCCGUUGCCGUCUCCGUCGCCGGCGCGCGGGGCGGUUCGUCGUUUGCGUACGUCGACGACGGGGGGAUUUCUAUUUCCUUCCGGAGGGAUUCCGGAAGCGUGGCGCCGUCAGCGAUUCCCUCCUCCGGGGACGCCGCGGGUCACGACGCGGUGGACGUGCACGCGCGGGGGUUCGGCGGCGGGCUCGUCGCGGCGGGGAUCGCGUACCUGUGCGUGCUCGGGGACGGCGGCGGCGUCGCGAGCGCGACGACGAGAGGCGUUGGUUGGACCCGGUGCGGCGUCUUGCCGUCGACGGCGCCGAGCGGGUUCACGACCGUCUCGGUGGCCGCGCGCGAGGGUGCUGAGGGUGCCGAGGGUGCCGAAGGUGCCGAGGGCGCGUACCUCGCGGGGUUCGUCGCGGCGUCGGGAAGCGUCGAGGUGUACGUGCAGGCGUCGGUACAGGCGUUGAUCCCGCGCGACGUCGUCUCCGGCUGGGAUUCGACCCUGACGCUGCUCGGCGAGCACCAGCGGAGGGGCGACGGCGGUGCGGGGUGGACGGGGGAUGCCCACUUCUUUUGGUGCUUCUUCGGCGACGGCGUCGCCGUUCCCGCGCGGUCCGUGUCCUCCGCGCUCGCCGUCUGCGAGAUUUUGCCCGCCGCCGCCGACGACGAUGAACGACGAUCGUCGUCGUCGCGUUUGGCGUCUUCAUCGUCGCGUUUGGCGUCGGACGACACGAACGACGCAUCCGACGAGUCCGACGAGUACCCGACGAGCGUCCGACGGGCGCACCCGCGCACGCGUCGCGUCGACCUCGCGGCGCCCGCCGCUUUCAAUCGCGGCCGAGGCGCGCCGUGCGGCGGACCGGAUUCCGGCUGCCGAUCCUUCACGCACCACCCCGCGCCCCUCGCCCUUCACCGCGUCCGACCGACGUCCGUGGCGGUCACGGGCGGCUCGAUCGUCGCGAUGCACGGCUUACGCUUCGCGGACGUUCCCAACCUCGGCUGCCGCUUCGGGACGAUUGGGCCGACGUCGGCGGCGUGGGCUUCGGCGGCGACUGUUCGGUGCGUCGCGCCCGGACGAGCCCCGGGACCCGCGCCGGCGUCGGUACUGGGAACAUCGUUCGACUCCCAAGUCGCCGUGACGUUCCGGGACCCGGUGGUGGACGCGACGAAGGGCGGGGUUGUCCGCGUGGCGUCGCGAAGCGGCGGAUCGUCGACGCUCGUCGUGGUCCGCGGGAUAUACGCGGGUACGUCGACGGCGGAACCCCUCGUCGCGACGGUCCUCGGCGUCGGCGGCGGCGGACACGCACGGGCGACGUGUACGACGGGUGCCGAGGGUGCCGAGGGUGCCGAGGGUGCCGAGGGUGCGUACUUGGCGGGGUUAAACAGCGGGUGCGGCGGGCGGCUGGGCGCCGGGGCUGGGGCUGUCGUCGCGCGGUUCAACGUUCCCGCGCCGGGGGACCGGUUCGAGUCGUUCGGCGGCGUCGCGUUUCGGGUCGUCGCCCUCGGUUUCGACGCCGAGACUUUCGCGCACGGCGGCGAACACCCAAACCCCGGCUCCGGGGACGUUCCCACCGUCCCGUCGCACUCGGCGUCCCCGGGGUGGGAGGGUUCGAUCGAGGUUCAGUACCUGGACGACCCCGUCGUCGUCGCCGCCGUUCCCGCGGCGGCGAGCGCGGCGGGCGGCGCGCUGGUCACCGUACUCGGCGCGCCCGGUCCGUCGUCGUUUCGCGUCGACGAUUCUCGAGUCUUCCGGUGCGUCUUUGGGCGAUUGGCGGUUGCGAUGAACGCGGUGUCGUCCGUCGUCGCCGUCUGCGAAACCCCGCCCGCGACGGGGGAGCGGGAAGGGGCGGGGAGCUCCGCGGCGAGCGCGCUCGGCGCCUCCGUCGACGGCGUUUGGUUCGAGUCGCGGACGUCGGCGGCGUCGUCGGGCGGGACGGUUUCGUUUUCGCACCGCGCGCCCGUGGUGACGCUCGACGUCGCGCCCGCGCGAACGGUUACGAACCGACACGAACCGUUACAAACGUCGCCGAUUGUGUUGACGGUGACGGGCCGCGGGUUCGGCGCGACGUCGACGGAUGGCUUCGGGGCGUCCGAUCCGUGGGCGCCCGCCUGCCGCGUGGGCACGAUAGGUCCCCUCGCGACGACCCAAACGUCCGCGACGUCGGUUCGAUGCGUCGCCCCCGCGGGUAACGGCCGUAACGGCCGCGCGACGCCCGUGGCGGUCCUGCGCGACGGCGUCAGGGGCGGUCCGCACGCGCCGACUUUGGCGUUUGUCGAGUUUGUCGUCGACGCGUCUUUGGCGUCCGAUGGAUCAUCCGAUGGAGCCGAUAAUCCAUCCCACGACUCUCCGGCGAAUACCGCCAGGCGCGCCUCCGAAGCGCUCAUCCGAGGAACGGAUCCCGCGUCCACGACGGGCGGCGUCCCUGUGGAGAUUCGCGGCUCGGACGUACCCCAUCGCCAGUGCUGGUGCCUCUUCGGCCGCGCGUACGUAUCGAAGGUGCUCCGCGUGUCCUCCGCGGUGUCCAGGUGCGCGGAGGCUCCGAUGAGUGGCGGUUUAGGGGUUGGUGGGGGCGGGAGGACGCGCGUCGUCGUCAGGGUGGCGUGCGCCUGGGGCGCGGCGGGUCCGCCAGCCGCGCUCGAACCGUCGGACGCCGCGACUCUUUCGACGGCGGCGGCGUCGGCGUUCGCGAUUGGCGAAUCCGGGGUGGCUCUCUCCCUCGUCUCGCGCCCUGUGAUAUCGUCGGCGUCGCCGCUUCACCUGUCCGGCUCCGGCGGCGUCGCGAUGACCCUCACCGCGUCGUCGCUCCAGCACGCCGGCGGCGACGACGCCAACGCCGACGGGGACGGGUCUCGGUACGGGUGCCACUUCGGGUCGGUCGGGCCGAUCGCUGCGAGGUCCAUCGGAGAGGAUCGGGUCGGGUGCGUCGCGCCGGCGCUCGGCGUCGGAAAGGUGACGGUCGGUUUAUCGCUGGACGCCAACGCGCGGGAGACGGAGUGGUCCCACCUCGUCGUCGUUCGCGUCGAUUCGUAUUACCUGGAGGGGUUUCUCGCUCGUGGCGCGGAGGGCGCGGGGAUGCCGAGCGGCGGCGCCGCUUCGGGCGGCGCGACGUACGAAUCCGUCGCGGACGUCGCGGGUAUUCGUUCAUCCGCUAAUGCCGACCGGACAUCUGUAUCCUCCGUCGUUCGAUGCGCGUUUGGCGACGCUCGCGUCGCGGGGACGUGGAUCCACCGCGGCGGAAACGGGGCGGGCGUCGGCGGCGGCGGGGUCGCGUCCGUGCUGUGCGUCACGCCCCCGCGGCUGACGUCCGCGGGUUUCGUCCCUGUUCGAAUCUUCGUCGACGGCUCGGACGCCAACGCGCUCGGCGAUUCGGCGAUUUUUCAGUACGCCGUCGCGCCGGACGCGAGGGUGCGGACGAUCUUCCCGCGUACCUCGUGGGGCGCCGAGGUGGUGUCCGUGGCGGGUGCGCACCUCGCGGGCCCCGGGGACGCCAUCGGCGGCGCCCCGAGGCGAUCGAGCGGAUCCGAAAACGCGGGCGAGACGCGUUGCGUCUUCGCCGGCUUCGUCUUUCCCGCGCGCGUGGUUUCGUCGGCGGUGAUGACGUGCGAGACGCUCGCGGAGGUUUGGUCGCCCGGGCGGGCGAAUAGACGCGGGCGCGCGUGGUGGGGACCCGACGCGUACGACGACGAUGGCGACCAGUCACCGCCCGACCAGUCACCGGUCGGGGCGUCGCUCGCGAAGGGCGCCGAGGGGCUUCGGGUUCACGAGGGUGGCGACGCGAGGCGCGGGGUUCGCGCCGUGUCGGCGUGCGCGAUCGGGUCGGAUUGCGGUUCAACCGGCGACGGGUUCGGGGCGGGUUCAAACGGCGGUUCGAACGUGGGCGGCGCAAACACGCUCUGGUUCCAGAGCGUCCGGGCCAGUUCGGUGAAAGAGGCGGACAUCGACGAGGGUUGGGACGACGGCGGGACGCUCGUGCGUCUGGCGCUGUCCACGCGGACGCCGGCGGAUUGGCUGGAUUGCGUUUUUGGCACCACGCGGGUGCCCGCGAGGCCGGCGGCGGCGUCGAGCGACCCGCCGCUCGUCGACGCCGAGAGCGCGAGGGAGCUGGCGGACGCGAUGGCGCGUUUGGGAGGCGGGAAAAGCGGGGCGAACAUGGACCUGGAGUGCAUAUCGCCCGCGCACGCGCCGGGAGUCGUCGACGUCGAGAUCGCGCUGACGCGCUCGAGGAUGCCGUCAUCGGGAGGCGCGGUGAAAUUUGCGUACGUCUGA